CAUGCCCCAAUUGCAAUCCUUCUUCACAAAGAAACAACUUUGUUAUCAUUCCAACCAGGCAUUCACUUUUACUUUUGCCUCCUUUAUCGCUUCUCUUUCCGUUCUUCUCUGCUUUAUCUAAAAUCACUUUUGCGCCGCUCACCCUUUUUCUCUUCCCCAUUUGGAUCCAUAUGUACUACUACAAUGCUUUUGUUUUAACAAACUUUGAACGCAUUUCGUGAAAACAUCCAAUUGGGUCUCCUUCAGAACCGCGAUCUCCUUCUCAUAGUCAUGGCAGGUGGAAUUCGUAGGAGCUUCUUCAUCUUCCUUCUGCAUUUGCUUGUCCUCACUGUCUGUUCUUCAGGAACUUUGGUGGGUUUCUCCUGGGAAGCCAGGAGAGAAGGUGUGAUUUCAUCGGCCAUCGAGACAAUAUCCUUCAUCAAGAAUAACAAGGCUUCCGCUUCUCAGAUCAGAGUCUCUGUUUCAGACCCUGGUGUUCUGGAUUCACUGUCCAAAACAGGAUUAGACAUAGGUCUUUACUUAAACGAGGCACAGAUUGAGAAUCUGAGGAAUUCCAAGACUUCAGCAGCAAUUUCCCUGCUCAAAACGCACCUUGCUACUGUUCUUCUUCGUGUAAACAUCACAAGCAUCGUAGUUGGUUGCAGCCAUGAUAGCUCAGUAGCACUAGUUCAGCUACCGUCUAUCCUACCCAUCUUGAGAUCAAUCCAUUCCGUGCUCAGAUGCUUCAAGCUGGAGCGUAAAGUAAAGGUCUCAGUGGCAUUCUCCAUGUCCUCCCUACAGAAUAUAUGCAAAAAGCAAGCAAGGGAUAUACGUGGGAUUGUUGAUUUUAUCAAGAAAUCCAAUUCCUUCAUUGUUAUAGAGAGCCAGAUUCAAGGAGAACUGAUCAUGGGGGAUCAGUUUGUCCAAUUGAUGAUUGAAACAGCUACCAAAGUGACUGCAGCUCUUCCUUGCAUUGAUGCUCCCAUGGUUGUGAUAGUCCAUACCACUGCUGUCCCCAGUGCAGUAGAGGUAGCUGAAUUCUCCUCCAAGAUCUUGAGGUCUGUAGAGAACAACACUCGAAUCCUGGGUCUUGAUGGGUUAUUUGUAGAAAUAUCUUCCAUGAAAGAAUCAGAGAGAGAAGUGGUGAAGUGGGAAGGACACAUCUUUCCCUCUUUCCACAGAGAACUCCUAAACAACAUCAACGAUCAGAGACUCCUAUCAGCAGCAAAAACUACCACUAUACAUGAUUUAAUCUACCCACCCCCAGCAAUUUUCCCUACAACACCAAUAACAAAUCCUACAACAACACCAGCAGCCACAAUCCCCACUACAAAUCCCACACCAACCAUUACCGUACCUUCGACAAACCCUGUAACUGUAAUGCCAACGAAUCCAGCUACAACCCCUGUCAGCCCUGUAACGGUCCCCUCAACCACACCGGUGACUACCAUACCUUAUACAAAUCCUAUAGAUCCACCCACUACAGCAGGGCAAAUCAAUAAUCCCGUUGCAGAUCCCAUGACACCUCCGGUUACAAACCCAGUCACCGUUUAUCCAGUCAUGCCUCCCAGUCCCAGCAGCAUUCCCAUUACAACGCCUGUAACAACACCCCCAGCAAAUCCGGUGAUGCCUACUCCGGCAACGGGGCAGACCUGGUGUGUGGCAAAGACUGGUGUGUCGGAUAGUGCACUUCAAGCAGCGUUAGAUUAUGCAUGUGGCAUUGGAGGUGCAGACUGCUCGACAAUUCAGCAAACUGGAAGCUGUUUCAAUCCAAACACCCUCCAAAACCAUGCCUCAUAUGCAUUUAACAGUUACUAUCAGAAAAAUCCAUUGCCAACAAGCUGCAACUUUGGAGGAACUGCCAUGAUGGUUGACACCAAUCCAAGCAUUGAUUCUUGCGUUUAUCCAUCGUCAUCACCAGCUGCAGCCACGACAACUUAUGGCUCUGUUUCACCUCCAUCAGUGUUGAAUGCUUCACCGCCACCAGUGUUGAAUGCCAGCAACCCUGGUUCAUCUUUACCAGUGUUGAAUACCAGCUACCCUGGUUCAGGUACGACAACCAUUUUCGGAACUGAAGCGCCUCCCGGUGUCAGUCCUUCAGUGUCCAUCUCCGCCCGCUUGGAGCCAUUGUUUGGCACCAUAGUACUGCUGGUAACAUCGAUCAUCACCGGAAGCUUAGUAACAGCUGUGUAAAUUUCCUAUUGGGGCAUUAACGCCCAGGACAUGAGCACAGAGCAAUGGACUGAUACUGCAGCAGUGGACCACAACUCCGAUAGUUCAGGUAAUCUGUAAAGUUGUCAUUUUCAGAGAGAAGCAACUGCGGCUAGAACACAGGUGCCCAACACCCAUUACCGACCUUUAAGUCUGGAACACCAACUAACCAGCACGAGCAUCAUUGUGAAGGAACAAGAAAGAUAAGAGUAAUGCCUGUUGUAGAGUUAGGCGAAUUUCUUGUAAAUUUCUUGGGUAGAAUAAUGUAACAAUAAAUUUUC